CUCGGCUCCGGUGGGUUCGGUUUCGUCUUGCUUGCGCAGAAGCGGUACGGGGACAUGAGAGAUGUCGCCAUCAAGUUUAUUGUCAAGGAUAAGAUGCCGCGCCAUAGCUGGAUUCUCGACAGAGACUAUGGCAUGCUUCCUAUCGAGAUCACAGUGCUGCGUCUGGUGAAGCAUGAGAACAUCGUGGAGUUUAUCGAGUUCUUCCAAGAUGAUGUCUACUUUUAUCUGGUGAGUGCAUAUAUGCGCCAAGUAGGGCGCGCCUCCUACGAUCUUUUCGAAUGCAUCGAGCGUCACACGCGUCUCUCAGAAGACGUCGCCCGGCGUAUCUUCCGGCAGGUCGUGGACGCCGUUUCCUAUCUCCAUUCACUCGGGAUCUACCACCGCGACAUCAAGGAUGAGAACAUCCUGAUCGACCAAGAUUUCCGCGUCAAGUUGAUCGAUUUUGGGUCGGCGGCCAUCACAGAUACUCGAAAGGCCCCACCCUAUCAUGAUCGCUUCUUCGGCACGAUGAACUUCGCCAGUUCCGAGAUCUUGCAGAACAAAGCAUAUCAAGCGCCGCCCGCGGAGAUCUGGACGCUGGGUAUACUUCUGCACAUCCUUGUCACGGGAGAAUGCCCUUUCUCGAGCACGCAAGCGGGCAUCGAGGGUCGGAUCAGCCCACCCAGGAAGGGCGUGUUCAUGUCCCGCGACUGUGAGGCGCUCGUCAGGGGCUGCCUUGAGGUUGAUGUCAACAAGAGGCUUACUAUCCACGAGAUCCAGAGCCAUCCUUGGCUGAUGAGGAACUGAGCUCUGAUUCUAAUUCUCUGCAUCCAUGUCCUGCGAAAUGGACACCCCAUAUCAAAAUCGGCUACCUUCGGAUUGACAUCAUCCACUUACAAAAGAGGCGCCUCACGGCCGCCUUCCCUUCCACUCAUUUGCAUUAUUUCCCGCGUCACUCGUUUUCGUCUUGGAUGCACAUUUUUCGCUCUUCAUUGAAUAUCGCUAUAACCAUCGGAAAAGCUGCCGUAUAUCUAUUCACGCAGGUCCUCGGCGACCCUUUCACCGGAUUUCGAUACCUCUGGGUCGAAAGUAUGUCCUCCUUCUGUCAUCAUUAAUUUUGCGUGCCUGCCACGCCUAUAUUCUCUUACUUAUCGCACUGUCUGCGUCCCCGGUGACAGUGUUACUGGUCUUGUAUGGCCUCUGCUGCAUUGUUUCAGUAUCCGACACAACAUGCUUCGUUACCGUUUUCCGUUGACUUGUUUCUACACUCUUCCCUUGUUAUCCUCUCAUUCGCUAUUCGCCAUCGCCAUCG